GCUACAUGAAGUUAUUCUAGUCGCGCCCGACCAUUGCAUCAUUUCAUGGCAGCUUCGUAGACUCGCCCAGACGUAAAAGUAGUAGUCCAGCGUUCGUGAGCUUGGGUUCCACAAGCCAAAGCUUUCUUUCCUGACACUGGCAACCAGUACUAGUUGUUUGGCCUGUACAAAUGGCUGUGCUGUUGUUAGCAGCGCUAUUAGGUAUCGGUUUUCUGCGGGCCGACUCGCAAACGCUCCCGGACCCACAGCGUAUGCUCACACAGCCUCAAAACUGUACUGGAUGGCCUGAGCCCCGCUUCUGGAUUGAGGCGCAACUGUGGUGGACCGAUGUGGGCCAGAAUGUUUCAUCGGAUAGCAGGCAUUUCCACAUAGGCGGAUGCAUGCCUUAUAACCAGACGUUGUCGGGGAAGGUCACGUUUGACAUCCUGGCGCAGCUUCACAACAACCAGGACCACAUUUUCAAGGAGAUUUACUUCCUGGCGCCGCUCCCUAGCAACGCGACCGGCAUCGUCCUGGACACGUCCAACCAUAAGAUAGGGACCACGGGGCCUAUCAAGUUCGGGUGCUCACAGCUGACGUGUAUGAACGUCUACAGAAUCGAGGUGGACACGUCGCUGAUUUCCCAGGACUGCACCUCGGCACUGAGGUUGCGGGCAGAAACGGCUCUUGCGGACGGCGUGCAGCCGAACCUGGACGUGGGCAACGGGUAUGUGUAUGCACCCGAGCUCAGCUUCAAGGUGCACAUCAGCAACGGCAACCCGGCCUGCCCGGUGCGCUACUCGCCCGACUACGUGCCGGAGGUUCCCACAAUUGCCGCCGGCUUCAAUGACUUCCCCUGGAGCUACACACGGCUCAGCGUGUUCAAGGAUGCCCUGCCCACCAAGCCUCUGAGCGGCAACUGGACCAUCCGGCAGCUCAUGUCGUUCGACCAGCGCCUCUUCAACCGCGUGUCACCCCCGGUGGCCCCCGUCACACGCUCCUUUGUGACCCUGAACCCCAAGUUCCACGUGGUGGACCCCGCGACCGGCAUUGCCAUGCCCAUCCUGGGCUCCAUCCAGCUGGACGUGGACGACAUGAUCUACCGCAACCUGGUGAUCGACACCACCAAGCUGCCCAACGGGCGCAGCAUCUUCUUCUUCCGCUCUGACGCCUUCGUUGAGCCUGGGACCAUCCUGCCCGACACCAUUCCCUGGCUGCCCGGCGUCAACCACACGUUCAGCGGCGGCAAGCCACACCCGGGCGGCACCUCCUCCGCAGUGCUGGCCUUUGCAUUCUUUGUCAACAACCCCAUACCGUCAACGUCAACGUCCUGAGGGCAGUGAGGAGGAGAGCAUACUGCCGGAAUGCCAGCGGCCGUGCAUUACAUGAAAUUCAUAGCAAAUGCAUACGAACGCAUCUUUCUAAUAUAUUUCGUGAGCUAUAGGGCUUACCUCGUGCUUUAUUAGCCGUGCCGGGGCAGGGCAAGCCUGCAUGGGAUGGGUAUGCCUUGCGUGGUUGCAUGUCCUCACCACGUUCGCGUGUGGAAGCCGGGUAAGGCAUGCAGUAGUAACACCGGAUUGUGGUGUUUAAAUGGUCGCAUACCAGUGGGUUCAAGCUGGCGGUAUGAAUACCAAGGUCGAGAGAAGUGCCGGCCCUGAACGGCGGCAGCUGUGGGGCAGGGACUAGCCAGACUGGCAGGAUGAUGCUGUAGAGCUGUUGAAGAUUCGUGUUGCGCUGCCCAGGGCGGGCCUCCGCCUGCGUUCGAGAUGGCUAAGAACAGAGGAGUGGCAUGGCCAGUUCUGCAUCAGAAACUUUUGCUUUGGUGCACACGUGUGCUGUAGACGGCUGUAGCGGUGGCCAUAACGUCAAGCAUAGCGUGCGCGUCUGACACUGUAGAGGCUAGGGACAACGGCUGGGGCGAACAGCAGUGACGGCUGUAACCUUGUUACGAUGGGGGACAUUUCCAAGCCAAUCGGAAUUUCCGCCGCCACGCCGAGACCGGAAGUGCGGAGGGGCACGGCAAAGCAGGAGUGCGGUCUUGGGUUAGGCACGGCAGGCAUUUCGGCUGAGGUGCGUGCCUCCGCGAUUCGACUGCGCAAGAGCUUUUCAGUCAAAUCAUGUAGUCAUAUGCUUGC